GAGAGCAGGAGCAUCAACCUCACUCAGCACCAGGGAAUCCUCGAGCUGGGGCAGCAGAGCCGGGCUGGAACCUGUCACGAUGAGCAGCAGUGAAGCGAAAGACUACAUCUCUAAAAGGGAAAUCCCUCUGCUAUUCGAGAGUAUGUUGACGGGCCUCAUGUACCACCGCCCUGAUGAACCUAUUGAGUACCUGGAGAACUGCCUGAAGAAAGUGAAGGAGAUCGGUGGACUGGAGCGGGUUCGAUGGGAUACCUUCAUCGCUCAGGAGCGGCGGGCAUUGCCUCCUGUCAGCGGGAGCCAGGCUAGGAGAGCCCUCUACCGAAGUGUGCUGUCGGAGAGCCACAGCCUGGCCCACGACCGCUAUGACCGGCUGCCCCCCAUCCAUCAGUUCUCCAUCGAGAGCGACACAGACCUGUCGGAGACGGACGAACUGAUCGAGGAGUACGUGCUGUUUGACCCCGCAAAGCCCAGGCCAAGGGUCAUCCUCGUCAUCGGGGGUCCAGCCAGCGGCAAGGGUACACAGAGCAUGAAGAUGGCCGAGUGCUACGGAUUCAUCUACAUCUCGGUGGGCGAGCUUCUGCGGGAGAAAAUGCUGCACAACGCCACCACCAACAGGAAGUGGGGCCUGAUAGCAAAAAUCAUCACCAACGGCGAGCUGGCACCACAGGAAACAACCAUAAAUGAGAUUAAGCAGCAGUUGAUGCAGCAGCCAGAUGCCCAGGGCUUUGUCAUCGAUGGAUUCCCACGGGAGGUCUCCCAAGCCAUCUGCUUCGAUGAUCAGAUCUGCGUGCCGGACCUGGUGAUCUAUCUCUCCUGCGCCAGCCCGCGACUCAGGGAGAGACUGGAGAAGAGAGCGGAACAAGGCCGGCCCGACAACAACCCCAAAGCCAUCCAACGGCGCCUCGCCACCUUCAAGCAAAACGCCGUCCCAUUAGUCCAGUACUACGAGGAGAAGCACCUCAUCGUCACGUUGGACGGAGACAGGGAGGAAGAGGAGGUGUUCACAGACAUCAGGGCGAACGUGGAUGGGAAAAUCGCUGCAGGCAGUCACGCCACGGCAGGUCCCAGCGUGCCAGCUCUUCCUCAGGCAGCUGAAGCCAGCGUAGAUACUGAGGAAAAGCCCGUGGAAGGAGCUCCAGGCGAAGAGCCGCUAGCAGAGAAACUGAGAGUCACCAAAAUUAUCUUCGUGAUUGGGGGCCCUGGGUCAGGCAAAGGGAGCCAGUGCGUGAAAAUGAUGGCGAAAUAUGGCUUCACACACCUGUCCACCGGCAACCUGAUGCGGAAGGAGAUCAGUAACGAAACGGACCGAGGGAAAAAGAUUAAGAAGAUAAUGGCAGAUGGAGGUCUGGUCCCAUUGGGAAUAACAUUGGAUCUUCUGAAGGAUGCUAUGAUGGAGAACCUGCAGGAGACCAAAGGCUUCAUGAUCGAUGGGUAUCCCCGGACUUUGAAACAAGCCGAAACCUUUGACAAAUCAUUCUCCACUCCCAGCGUGGUUCUCCUGAUUGACUGCAACCCCGAGGUGAUGAAACAGCGGCUGAUCAACCGCGGACAAACUAGCGGCCGCUUCGACGACAACGAGGUGACGAUCACCAAGCGGGUUGAAACUUACUUCGUCGACUCUGUCCCGGUGGUGAAACAUUACGAGAACAAAGGGCUACUAAGAAAGAUUCAAGGAGAGGGGGACAGAGGACGAUGUUUUUCAGAGCAUCACUGCGAUCAUCGACGAACUUUAGCAGCUGAGACUCCGGGUCACAAAAUCCUCAAGCAGUUGCCCUGUGAUCAGAUUCCCACAAUUAACAUCAAACAUUUGUGUUCAUGGCUAUUAGGAGAAUUAACCAGGACCCCAAUAAAAUGAGAGUUAAAACUCCUGGAUAACUUUCACCGACAGCCCCUUAGAAACUAUUGUUUAAUGCCAGUGACUUUCUGUGUAUACAUUCUUUAUAAACCGGAGGGAUGAAUUACAGAUUUUUCUUUCAAAGCUAAGUACCAUAUAUAUGUGUAAAUAUGACAGUGUCAACUCUCCCCGACUUUGGAUCUGAUAGGGGCGUUCUUUCUUAAUUCAUAAGUUCAUAAAUUCAUAAGUGAUGGGAGCAGAAUUAGGCCAUUCAGCCCAUCAAGUCUACUCCGCCAUUCAAUCAUGGCUGAUAUAUCUCUCCUUCUCAAUGCAAUUCUCCUGCCUUCUCCCCAUAACCCCUGACACCCGUACAAAUCAAGAAUCUAUCCAUCUCUGCCUUUAAAAUGUCCAUUUCCUUAGCCUCCACAGCCUUCUGCGCCAAUGUGGUCCAGCAAGGAAGCUCUGCCCAGAACAACAUCUUCAGCAGGGACCAUGAAACACAAGGAUGGCUUCAUUUGCAACACAUUUAUUUGUGGGCAAUACACCUCAAAAGGACACAAAGUGAUGUAAUAACUCUACAGGUCAGGUAGCAUCUCUGGAGAACAUGGAUAGAUGGGUGACAUUUUGGGUCUCAAACUGAAAUGUUCUCCAGAUAUGCUACCUGACCUACUGAGUUACUCCAGCACUUUGUGUCCUAUUGUCUAUUAACCAGCAUCUACAGCCCUUUGGUUCUCCUCCUUAAGACCUCCCUGUUAUACAGUACACAUGCAUCCUCUGACUCAGUCCUGUCUGUGAUUCACUUGGGAGAUUAUACAUAGCCACACUGUCACACAUUGACACAGUGUAGCUGGGCAUCGAGUCAUGUCACACACCUACUGGUCUGAUCGCCUGUGAAACCACUGCAGAUAUACACUAGAGGCAAGUUACCCGAUUGUGAAGGACUGCAAAUGUGUUCAGUGGAACAAGAUGCAGAUUCGAUUGCAUCUUAUCCCCAGUAAUUGUGUUGUGGGCGUUAUGAUCACGACAAAUGUCUCCUAUCCAUCUCCAAUCACCAGGGAGCUGGUUUUUUUUAAAUCCCUUCUGAGUCAGGGAGGGAGUUCCAGUUUUUUGACCAAACGCUGAUGACAGAAUGGCAACAAACCUUUUAUUCUUUGUGUUUUAAGGUAGUACAGCGUAACUGGUAGAGUUGCUACCUCACAGCGCCAGAUACCCUGGUUCGAUCCGGACCUAUUGUGCUGUCUGUGUGGUGUCUGCAUGCUCUCCCUGUGACCGUGUGGGUUUCCUCCCACAUCUCAAAGAAGUGCGGGUUUUUCGGUUGUGUAGGAGGCAUCUGUCUGAAGAAGAGUUCUGACCCGAAACGUCACCUAUUCCUUUUCUCCAGAGGUGCCGCCUGACCCGCUGAGUUACACCAGCAUUUUGCGUCUGUCAUUGAGUUAAAACAUUAAUUGGCCUCUGUAAAAUUGCCUGAAGGUUGCAGAAUGCAAAACCAGGGUAACAUCAAUGGUCAGUGUGGACUCGAUGGGCAGAAGGGCCUGUUUCCAUACUGUAUCUCUAAAAUCUAACUUCUAACGGAGUUUAGAUGCUGCGCCACUUGCAGGGCAAUUUGGAAGGGAUAGAAUUCCUACAUUGUCCUUCAGGUGGAAAAUCCGCAGACUUGGGAGGAGCUGCUGCAGUUAACAACAAACUGUGGGGGCGGCACGGUGGCGCAGCGGUAGAGUUGCUGUCUCACAGCGCCAGAGACCCGGGUUCGAUCUUGACUACGGGUGCUGUCUUUACGGAGUUUGUGCGUUCUCCCUGUGACCACGUGGGUUUUCUACGGGAGCUGCGGUUUCCUCCCACACUUCAAAAACGUACAGAUGUGUAGAUUGAUUAGCAUAGCUAAGUUGUAAAAUGAUCUCCAGUGUGUGUGGGUUAGUGUACGGGAUGAUCGCUGGUAAGCGUGGACUGAGUGGGCUGAAGGGCUUGUGGCCGCUGUAUCUCUACGUAAGUAAGUAAUUUUAUUGGCCAAGUAUUCACAUACAAGGAAUUUGCCUUGGUGCUCCACCCACAAGUGACAACAUGACAUACAGUGACAGUUACGAAUGACUCAGAAAACACUAAACAUUAAUAAUAAUAAAACAUUAAUGAUAAAACACCAUUGAUCAAGCAUGUGAACCAACACAAUACCAGAUCAAAAGGAGGCUACAGAUUUUUGGUUAUUGAGUAGAGCAACUACUCGUGGAUAAAAAACUGUUUUAAUGUCUGGCUGUGGCAGCUUUGACAGUCUGGAGUUGCCUUCCAGAGGGAAGUGAUUCUUUGGCCAGAGUUUGUGGCCAGGGUGAGAGGGGUCAGAGAUGAUCUUGCCCGCUCGCUUCCUGUCCCUUGCAGUGUACAGUUCAAAGACUAAAGACUGUUGAAGGACUGUCAGUGGGACAGGCAGCUUCUGUGGGGGCAAGGGUUCAGGUCCAGACAUUGUAUUGGGGGGAGCAGUCAGGAUGCAUUUGGUGAGACUGUGUUAGCUGCUGCAGGCAUUACUGGCUAACAGCAAGGAUGCCACUAGUUGGGUCUCAGUAUUGGAAUACUAUAUGGUGAUGGGUUGACUCACUCAUGUUUGGAGCUGGUUACUGAUUCUGUUACUUAUGCACAUAUAUCUCAUGAUGAUCUGGGUCUUGCCACAUGCACUGCUUCAUAAUCGUAAGAUUUUAAAUAUUAAGUUGUAUAAUCAAUAGCAAACAUUCCCACUUCUGACAAGAUGCUGGAAGAAAGAGUCUGAAGAAGGCUCCCGACCGAAAAGUCACCCAUCCCCUUCCUCCACAGAUGCUGCCUGCUGUGUCAAACUUCCGAAGAGUCAGUUAAAGAUCAUGCACUAUCAGGCAGUAGUUAUCCUGGUCAUUAGCCCCUGCUUGAAACAUACAAGAUUGUUAAGGGCUUGGACACGCUAGAGGCAGGAAACAUGUUCCCGAUGUUGGGGGAGUCCAGAACCAGGGGCCACACCGUUUAAGAAUAAGGAGUAAGCCAUUUAGAACGGAGACGAGGAAACACUUUUUCUCACAGAGAGUGGUGAGUCUGUGGAAUUAUCUGCCUCAGGUGGAGGCAGGUUCUCUAGAUGCUUUCAAGAGAGAGCUAGAUAGGGCUCUUAAAAAUAGCGGAGUCAGGGGAUAUGGGGAGCAGGCAGGAUCGGGGUACUGAUUGGGGAUGAUCAGCCAUGAUCACAUUGAAUGGCGGUGCUGGCUUGAAUGGCCGAAUGGCCUCCUGCACCUAUUGUCUAUUGUCUAUCUCUUGAGGUCCCACAGCCAUGGAAAGGUCCUGGUAACUCACCACCCAGCUGAUGAAGCAGUUCCCCUCCACAGUGCACACGACCAUGAGUGAAGGCAGACCUGCAAGAAGGUGAUGGUCAGGCGCUGAAGUCCAGAGCAACUGUGCGGCACGGUGGCACAGCGGUAGAGUCGCUGCCUGACAGCGCCAGAUCCCGGGUUUGAUCCCGUCCACGGGUGCUACAGAACCCUGUGACCGCGUGGGUUCUCUCCGGCUGCUCCGGUUUCCUCACACACUCCAAGGACAUGCAGGUUUAUAGAUAAAUUGGCUUGGUAUAUAUGAAAAUUGUCCCUAGUGUGUAGGAUAGUGUUAGUGUACAGGGUGAUCGCUGGUCGGUGCGGACUCGAUGGGCUGAAGGGCCUGUUUCUGCGUUGUAUCUCUAAACUAAACAAUCACCCAGAUAAAAAUAAUAUUGUCAAACCUUGUCUGUGACUUGUACUAUAUCCAUUUAAAUGUAGCAGGUUUCUAAUUUGAGCAUGAGGGAUUGUCUGGUUUAAGGGAUUGCUGGAUUUGUGAUUUUCUAGAAAUUUAUUUCAACUGAAUUGAUAUCCUGUUGCAAUUUAUCUACUUAAUAAAUUUGCUUCAUUGAGCAUGUUAAUGGCUGAAUAAGCUGAUAAAUGUAAAUAUCCCUUUUGCGCACACUUGCACCUGGUCAAAAGGUAAUCAUCUCAAGUCUUAAGUACAUAAAGUACUGGAAUAAUUCAGCACUUUGUGUCUUUCUUUGGUAUAAACCGGCACCUGCACUUCCUUGUUUCCACAUUCAGCCUUAAGGACAUGUUUACCACUGCCCUGUGUUGUUACAGUGAAAUAACUGAGGGCACGUUACUCUAUCAAAGUCUGAGCCCGAAGAAUGGUCUCGACCCGAAACGUUACCCGUUCCUUCUCUCCAGAGAUGCUGCCUGUCCCGCAGAGUUACUCCAGCAUUUUGUGUCUAUCUUCGGUUCAAACCAGCAUCUGCAGUUCCUUCCUCCAUAGAUGGAGGAGUGCUGCGCUGGCUCGAAGGGCUGAAAGGCCUACUCCUGCGCCUAUUUUCUAUGUUUCUAAGAGGCAUGCAGUAAAGAUACAGACCCUUUAGGCCAACACAUCCAUCACGACCUUCAAGCACUGAUCCCACUUGCCAGCACUUAAUCCAUAACCAACUGUGUGUUGGCGAUUGAAGUGCUCAUCUAAAUAAACGAUGAGAGACUCUCUGCCUCCCACUCAGGCAGAAUGUUCCAGAUCCCAAGCACCAAUGUGUGUGUGAAACAUUCAACAAAUCAUUGCUCACACCCUCAACAGUUGCUGCAUUGUAAAAAUACUCAACUAUAAUUGAGACCAGACCAGCAUAGAUCAGCCAUAAUCAUAUUGGAUGUUGGGGCAGCCUUGGUGGUCUGGCUCCAUCUUAUUGUGUAUUGACUAUGUUUUGUUUAUCCUUUGUGGAGAGACUGUUUAAGAAACAGGUUAUCCAGCCAACCCAGUCCACACCAGCCAUCAGCGCCUGUUCACACGAUUUCUAUAUUAUCCCCCUUUCCUUUCUACUGCCCAGGAGCAAUUUACAGAAGCCAAUUAACCUACAUACCUGUACAUCAUGGAAGGUGGGAGGAAACCGGAGCACCCGGAGGAAACCCACAAGGUCACAGGGAGAACGUGCAAACUCCUUACAAACAGCACCCGAGGUCAGGGUCAAACCCGCGCCUCUGGCGCAGGUUAAUUGGUUUGUAGGUUAACCAGUUCAGUUUUAUUACAUAUGUAGGUUAACACAGGGUCAACGAUACAAUGAAAUGUUUUUGACAAGACAACGGGUCAACCUCAACAAUGAUAUUACAGGGAUAAAAUUAAGGUAAAAAAAAGAUUAAAGUGACAUUGGUCGGUAAAAGACAAUAAUACAUUAAAAAAAGGAUUCGGUGAGUUGUAAAAAUGUCCCUUAUGUAGGUGGGAUCGUGCUAGUGUGCAGGGAUCGCUGGUCGGUGCGGACUCGGUGGGCCGAAGGGCCUGUUUCCAUGGUACACAAAAAUGCUGGAGAAACUCAACGG